UAUCUACAGCUUUAAAGGAGGUGCUGUGCUGUAGUGCUCAAUCAACCAAUGAAAUAAAAGGGCUUAGGAGAGAAAAUGAGAUACAACUCUCCUUGUGUGUAGGAUGAAGCAUUUUAUAAAACGUUUGCAAAUAAAUCAUUUUCGACGUAAUAAUGACUGGUAUAAUUUUUUAUACGAUAACAAAAGGUUAUUUUGUUAGAAUGGAACAAAUUUAAAAAAAAGUGGUUUAUUUAUUCCGUUGACGCAUCGCAUCUCCCUAGCAUCCAUUGACUGUAGCGUCUGGCUGUAGCUCCCAUGUUCGGCUGGUGGGUCUGUACGAAUGGGGUGGGAAGAACGAAGCAGUUGGCAUGUAAACGCUUCACUGAUUUCUCCAGUAAUCGUCGGAAGAACAUAUUAGACAUCGCGGGACGUUUCAUGUUCGGUUUGAUGUGUGAUUUAGUCGUUUUUAUACCUAAGGUGUUCUACAUGCCAAAUACAACGCUAGAAGAUGCCGCGGGAAAUGUACAAUCAGGAACAACGAUCGCCGAAACCGGCGAGAAGAUCGGAAACCAGUGGAGGUUCUAAACAGUACAGUACAGGCUCCCAGUCCGCAAGUGUGCGUGGUAGUCAGGGAACGAGCGCGUUUAGAACCACUUCGUCACCCUCGCAGACGCGCAAAAGCCGCCAUUACGGUGCUAGUCGAUCGAGUAAUACCAGCCCACUGACCCUACCAGCGGAACCUCACGUUCCUCACUCAAUCAGCAGCAGCGCAUUCAACGUUGGGCAUAGCUACUACGGCGACGAAGCAGGUAGUCCAGUAAUGGAUAGCAGGAGUGGCGGUACGGGAGGUGGUGGCACCCACCGCAGUAGGUCCGCUACUCGAGGCACUAUGAGAAGCUAUCACUCGUUGGAAAGAGACCAGGAUAGAGAAUUCAUUCCAAUUCGCGAGCCGAGGGAACGUUCCCUGGACCGUGCAGAUGUCAGCACAAGACAUUCGAGAACUCGCGAACGUUCGUUGGAUCGAGGAUAUCGAGAGAGGGACGAUAGAGACCACAUGGGCUAUAGAGACGUCGAUCCAGUCAUGGAAAGUGAUCCUUAUCGCGAAGGAGGUCACGUAUCGAGAAGAGGUCACAGUUCAACAGCGGCUUAUAACACGGACAGUCGCCACGGUGGUAAUUACAGUAGGGAUGGUUUUGUCAUGGAACUGCAAUCUCGGUUAGCGGAGAUACAAAGUCAGUACGGUAGUGUUAAAAGGGAACUUGAUGCAACCACACAAAAACUAGGAUCCAGUAUGCAUAGUAUUAAAACAUUUUGGAGUCCAGAAUUGAAGAAAGAACGAGCUUUAAGGAAGGAAGAAGCGGCCAAAUAUUCUCUAAUUAAUGACCAACUUAAGGUUCUGCGUUCGGAAAACCAGAAACAAGCAGCAAUGAUGAGACAGCUUGAAGAAGAAUUACGUCUUUCUCAUAUGCGAAACCCUGAUGCCGAAGUCCAACAACAUUUAGAAGUAUUAUAUCAAGAAAAAGACCAUAUGACUAAAGAAAUUUAUCUCCUCAGGGAAACAAUUAAAGAAUUAGAAAUGAGAAUUGAAACUCAAAAGCAAACUCUUAUUGCUCGGGAUGAAAGUAUUAAAAAGCUCAUGGAAAUGUUACAGAACAAAGGAAUUGGAAGCAAAAUGCUAGAAGAAGAAAGAAUUGAAAUGGAACGACUCAAAACAAAACUAAUUGAAACUGAAGGCCACUCUCGCCAUUUAGAAAGUAUGCUAGAAAUGAGAGAAAAAGAGUUAACAAAACAAUUAAGAAGUCAAGAAUUAUCAAGGACAACUGGUAGGCAAAGUUCCAAUGCAAUCUUAGAGGCUAUCAUAGAAACCAAGGAUGCCAGAAUAUCAACUCUAGAAAGUGAAAUAGAUAUGUUAGAAAAAGAAGUUCUCUGUUUUAGAAAUAAUGAAAGAUUUAGCAACCAGUCACUAAUACCAGAUCACAAUCAAUCUUGGGAAUCCACUGAUAAGCAAAAUAAAAAGCAGAUGGAUGAACUAAGAAUGGAAUUGAAUAAAAGAGAUCAAGAAAUUUUGGCAAUGGGAGCAAAGAUGAAAACAUUAGAAGAACAGCAUCAUGAUUAUCAGAGGCAUAUAGCAGUUUUAAAAGAAUCAUUAUGUGCAAAGGAAGAACAUUAUAAUAUGUUACAAGCUGAUGUGGAAGAACUGAGACAACGAUUAGAGGAAAAAAAUAAAUUAAUUGAGAAAAAACAACAACAAACAAUGACUUCAUCUCAAGAUAGGAAUCGUCUUACUCAGGAAAUACAGGAACUGAGAGAUCAUAUGGACAUCAAGGAUAGAAAAAUUAAUGUUUUGCAAAGAAAGAUUGAAAAUAUGGAAGAUUUAUUGAAAGAAAAAGACAAUCAAGUUGAUAUGGCAAGAGCUCGCUUGAGUGCUAUGCAAGCCCAUCACUCAUCCUCCGAGGGUGCGCUCUCCAGCUUGGAAGAGGCAAUCAGUGACAAAGAGAAGCAGAUAUCCCAGUUAAGAGAUCAAAGGGAUCGUGCAGAGCAAGAACGAAAUGAAGAAAGAGAUCUGCAUGAAAGAGAAAUUGCCGAAUACAAGAUGAAGAUGCACGCCCUCGAAAGUGAAAUGGAAAAGUUGCAGAUGAGAUUGGAAAAAUCAGCAGGAGAGAAGGAUCGAAUGGAGGUGAAAUUAGAAAAUUCUCAAUCAGAAUUAGGUCAGGUUAGAGCAGAGCUAGAAAAAUUACAAAGUGAAACAUAUAAAAUACAAAAUGAAUGGGAAAGGGAUAGAAGUGAAAAUUCUCGUUUAUCUUUAGAGAAUGAACGAUUAAAAGAACAAGUUGAUAGAAUAAAAUCUGAUUUAGAUAGGUCUCAAAGUUCUUUAGGUAAAAGCCACUUAUAUCAAUCUGAAGAAGUAGAACGUCUUCAAGAAAGAUUAGAAAGAGUACAGUCUGAAUUAAGACGAGCACAAGCUGAAUUACGCAUGAAUCAGGCUGAACAAGAUCGUUCACGUGGAGAAUUAGAACAAUUACAGGAAAAAGUUGAAAGAUCUCAAGGUGAAAUUUAUCGACUGAAAGCAAAAUUAGAAAAUUCACAAGCAGAGAAAGAAGGUCUUCAAGAAGAAUAUGAUCGUGUACAAGCAGCAGCUGCAAGAGCACAAUCUGAGAGAGAUUCAUCAAUUUCUGAAUCUGAAAAGCUUAAAAAUGAAGUGGAACGUCUUCAGACAGCUCUAAUCAAGAGUCAAACAUUGCAGGAGAAAACUCAAACGUCGUUGGACAAUGCUCAGAUUGAAUCAGAUAGAAUACAAGAAAAAUUAGACAAAGCUAAUGCUGAAAUUCGAAGAAUGCAGUCAGAACGGGAAAGAGCUCAAGGUGAUGUUGAAAGUUUCCAAACACAGAUUAGUCAGGCACAAAGUCAGAUUUUAAAAUUACAGAAAGAGAAAGAUACUACCCAAUAUGAAGUUGAUAAAAUUCAAGAGAAAUAUGAUAGAAUACAAUUACAACUUCAUAGAAUUCAAAAAGAAAAAGAUAGUACUCAUUCUGAUAUGGAAAAAAUGCAAGAACGAAUUGAUUUACUACAGGCACAAUUAAAUAAAUCAUUAAAAGAAAAAGAAAAUGCUCAAGCAGAGUUUGAAGUUAUUAAGGACAGAUGGGAAAAAACACAGAGUCAAUUAGAUAAGUUCCAUGUUGACAGAGAUUCAUCUCAAACAGAGUUGAAAUUACUAAAAGAAAAACAAGAAAAACUGCAAAGUCAGUUAUUAAAGUCACAAGAAGAUAAAGAAUUAUCUCGGGUAGAACAUGAAAAAUUAUUAGAAAAAAUUGAUAGAUCACAAUCAGAAAUUACAAGACUACAAAUGAAAUUAGAUCAAGCACAAGCAGAAGUUGAUCGUGUUACUGUUGAGUUAGAAAAAUCUCAAUUAAUAACAAAUAAAACAAAAGAAGAACAUAGGAAGUCUAUAGAUAAUUAUGAAGGAAUUCAAGAACUUUAUACACGUACUAGUGUACAACUUUCUAAAAGUAAAGAAUCAGAAGAAAAAUUAAAAACUGAGUUAGAACGCUGUCAGAUGGAACUUGAAGUUUUGAGAAGUAGGCAUGAGAAGACUCAAAUAGAGCUUAGAAAACUACAGUCUGAGAGAGAAGGAUUUCAGGCAGAAGUAGAUCGAUUAUCAAUAGAAUUAGAUAGAACCCAAGCACAAAUUGGAAAAACACGUACAAAUGAAGAAAAAAAUCAAGAAGAGUUAACUAGAAUGCAUUCAGACCUUGAAAAAAUUUAUGAAAAGUUAGAUAAAUCCCAAUCAGAAUUACGCAGGACACAAGUAGAAAAGGAUAGAUUUCAAACUGAAAAAGAAAAUCUGCAGUCAGAAUUGGAAAGAUAUCAGAUUCAAGCAAGCAAGUAUCAAACUCUUCAAGAAAAGUCACAAAUUGAAAUUGAUAGGAUUAAAAUCGAUAUUGAAAAAAUUCAAGAUAAGUAUAAUAAAUCUCAAUUAGAAAUAGAAAGAUUGACAGGUUUGAAAGAAAAAAUGGCCUCUGAAAUUGCUUCUUUACAAAAUGACUUAGAUAAGCUAUAUUCUGAAAAGGGAAUUACGCAAGAAGAACAUAAAAGACAUGCAGCUGAAGUUGAAAGAUUAAAUAUUGAAAUUGAAAAAAUAAGAGAUAAAUAUGAAAAUACCAAGAUAGAAUUGCAAAAUGUUUUGGAUAUUAAAGAAAAACAACAACUUGAGAUUGAGGACUUAAAAAAACAUAAAGAUGAAGUUGAAAAACUUCGUAAUGAAUUAAAACAUAUUCAAGAAGAAUAUAAAUCUACUAGAGAUGAUCUGCAACAUUUACUUGAAGCUAAACAUAGGCAGCAAGCAGAACUUGAAUCUCUUAGAGAGAACAAAAGUGAAAUACAAAAACAUAAAGAAGAAACACAAAAGUUACGUGCUGAACUUCAGAAAAUUACAGAAGAAUAUAAAAGUACUAAGGAAGAUCUUCAACAUUUAUUGGAUGUUAAACAUCAGCAACAGUCUGAAAUAGAAAACUUAAAAGAAAGUAAAACUGAAGUUGAAAAACAUAAAUCAGAAAUUCAAAAAUUACGAGCUGAAUUGAAUGGUAUAACAGAGAAAUAUAAUACUACUCAAUCUGAACUUCAAAGUUUAUUAGAUCUAAAACAAAUGCAACAAUUAGAAAUUGAAAGUUUGAAGAAUAAUAAAACAGAGGUUAAGCAACAUAAGGAUGAAAUGGAAAAACUUAGGAAAAAAUUAUCAGAUUUAACAUUAGAGUACAAUUCAGUUAAAUCAGAUUUAGAGCAUGUACUUGACACAAGGGAUAAGCAAGAAUCUGAAAUAGAAAACUUAAGGAAAUAUAAAAUUGAAGUUGAAAAGCAUAAAUCAGAAGUAAGUAAAUUACACAAGGAAUUAGAACAUUUAAAUAAUGAAUAUCAAUCUAUUAAAAUUGAUUUUCAAAAUUUACUGGAAAUAAAACAUCAGCAACAGUCUGAAUUAGAUAAUUUAAAAGUUAAAAGUUCUGAGGCUGAUAAAUUGAAGAAAGAAUUGACAACUGUGAAAGAGCAUUAUGAAUCAACCAAAUUAGAAUUACAGAAUAUUCUUGAAAGCAAAAUGCAGCAACAAGAAGAUAUAGAAGUGUUACGUAAACAUGCUGCAGAAGUAGAAAGAUUGCAUGUUGAAUUAGAAACAUUUAAAGAAAAAUAUGAAUCUACUAAAAUUGACUUACAACAACUUAAUAAAUUAAAUAAUCAACAAAAAGAAGAAAUAGAUAUUCUUGGUAAAGAAUUAGAAACAUUCCAAACAAAAGCAAAGAAGCAUGCUAAAGUAGAAGAGAAACAUAAAAAAGAAAUGGAUCGAACAACUAAAGAACUAGAAAAAUUGAAACAAAAACUAGAAACAAAUCAAGCAGAAUUGAAAAAAUUACAGGAGGAAAGAGGAACUUUAUUAGCAGAAGUAACUAAUUUGCAAACUUCACUUGCAGAAGCUCAUUCUCAAUUAAAUAAUAUUCAAUCAAAUAAUCAACAAGCAGCUGAUGAUGUUCAAAGAAUAACAGGAGAAAUUGACAGAGUCAAACAGCUUCUGAGUAAAUCUGAAGCAGAAUUACAGAGAACUCUAUCUGAUAAUAGUCGCUUACAUAUGGAAGUUGAAAAACUGAAACAAGAUUUAGAAGAUGCUGAAACAUAUAUUGCAAAGAGUCAAGAGGAUACUAAAUCUGCUAAGUCUAGCCAAGAAAAAUUAAAUGGAGAAAUUAAGAAGCUAAAGAAACAAUUAGAAAGUAGCCAAAAAGAAUUAUCAAAAACAAAUGAAGAAAGAGAUAAACUAAAACAAGAAUUACAGAUUUAUCAGGAAGAAUUAGAAAAUAUGCAUACUAAUAUUAAAAAAACACAUGAAGUUCAAGAAACAUCUCAAGAAGAAUUAAGUCGUUCACAAAAGGAAUUAGAGCAAAUGAAUAAAGUUCUAAAAAAUAUGGAAGACCAACUUCAAAAAACUGAAGUUGAAAAUGAAGUUCUAAGAACUGAAUUGAGUAAAUCCAUGGAAGAACUUAAUAGUCUUCAACGACAUUUAGAAGAAUCAAAGGCUGAAGUUCAAAAAGUAAAAGAACAAAAUAAACAAUUAAAAGCACAGCAUAAGGCAAAAGCAGCUGAUAAAAAUGGAAAAGAUAAACUAGAAAAAGAAGUUGAGAAAUUACAAAAAGAAUUAGAAAAACAGAAACUAGAAACUGAAAAAAUGGUUAAAGAAGCACAGCAAGUAAAGAAGCAAUUACAAAAGGCUCAAGAAGAAGCCAAGAAUUUUUCUAUAGAGAGAGAGAGAUUCCAAGGACAAUUAGAAAUGUUAAUUCAAGAAUUGGAAAAAAGGGAGGCAGAUAUUCAAAAAUUACAAAGUCAGCAGCAAGGCAAAGCACCUCAAGAUACAGCUGAAUUAGAUACAUUAAGAAAACAGUUAUCAGAAAAGGAACAAGUUGUGAAAGAUUUAGAGAAAAAAUUAAAACAUAGACAAGAUAAAUUAGCUAAACUAGAAAAUCAGUUGAAACAGUUGCAAAGUGAAGUUACAUCUGUUCCAAAGGGAGAUACAACUCAACAGAUCACAAAUCUUCAACAAAAAUGUGCAGAACUUGAAAAAGCAAAAUUGAAUAGUGAAAAAGAAGUGGCUAAGGCAAAAGAAGAUGCUAGUCGAUCACAAGCUGAAUUGGAACGUUUAUUGCAGAUUAUGACAACAAGUGAAGAAGAAAAGUUUGCCUUAAAUAAUCAAAUUAAAGAAUUACAAGAGUCUUUGAAAGAAAAAGAAGCAAAACUAAACAGUAUGAAAAGAAAUCAGCAGACUGAAAAAACUCGCAGUGCUCAGAUGUUAGAGGAAGCAAGACAUAGAGAAGGUGAAAUGAGUAAAGAUGCUUCCAAACAACAAGAAUUAUUGCAACAGCAAAGAGACAGAAUCGAAGAAUUGGAAGAAGCAUUGAGAGAAAGUGUGACCAUUACCGCAGAAAGAGAAGUGGCUGUGGCACAAAAAGAUAUUAUGAUAAAAGCAUCAGAAGAAAAGAUUAUUCGUUUGCAUGCAGAACUGAGAGCCCUACAAAAUACUCAUAAUGCAAGAUGUACAAAUUGUCCACCAAUGAAAGUACAAUUGAAUGAGUUAGAUAGUAAAUUGAAGAAAUUAGUAGCAGAAAGAAAAAGCCAUUUAGAAGAGCUCUUUGAAAUGAAACAGGAAGCAUUGUCAGCUGCUGUAAGUGAAAAAGAUGCUCAUUUAGCAUUAUUAGAGAUGUCUGGUAUUAAAAAUGCUCAAACUGCUGAAGAAGUAGAUAGAUUGAAAACAGAAAGAAGAUGUCUUUUAGAAAAAAUUAAAAUAGAGAAUGAAAAUAGGGUGAAACUUUUGUUGGAAUUGGGUGAGAAAUUACCAGAAACUAAUGGAAAACAUGAAGAUUCAUAUAUUAAUAAAGCAAAGCAGGAUGCAGAAGAUGGACUGAGGUCUUAAUAUAUUUGUGAUGAUGGGUUAUCUCAUUAGCCACAGUUGGACACAUUUCCUCUCAUUUCAUUGUUCAACCAUCUUUUGGAAAACUUCUUCCCUUUGCUUCAUCAUCUCUUGUAGUCUGAUCAUAUUUGUAAAAUGGAGAGUGAUAAGUAAGAAAUUGAUUUUUAUAAAAUGGAAUUCAAUUAUUUCAUCAUUCGUGUUUAAAUUUUGGCCAAAGUAGUUUAUACUGUUCAACUUUUCUUUUUUUAUUGUUUUAUUUUAAAAUUAAGAAGAACUUCUAUCUUUCCAACAUUAUAUUUAAUUGAUGUCUUGCAAACUAAACUUAUACCAAUGCAUUUUAUUCUCAAAGCAUUGAAGGGAACAAUUUGUAUAGAAGAAAUUAUCUAUUAAAAACUUUGUAUAUGGGAUGUAUACUAAAGUAGCUGAAUUGGAAGAUAGAUAGCAGCAUUGUACUGUACAAAAGAAUAUAAUAUUACAGUUUUUAAGUGAAAAUAUAUAUGAAAACUUGUCUGUGAAGAAAGGAUUAUCCUAGAUGUGCCUUUGAAAGAAAGUGACAUUAACAUCAAUAUUGAGGAUGAUAUUUUAUGGAAAUAUGUUGACUAUGUACAAUUAAGCUGCAGAUGAGUUUAUGAAGGAAUCAAGAGAUAAUAUGUAUUUUCAAUUGGUGCUUCACUGUGAUGGCAUUCAUCUUUUUGAAACCUAUUUGUGCAUUCCUAUUAAAAUAAUCCAAACUUUUCCAAGAGUUAGAGUUAAAAUAAUUGAAUAACUCUUGUGAUAUAAAAUUGUUGACUGCCAUCCAAGCAUCUAAUGUGUGGUGUUGUUCUGUCAAUAUUGUUCAAAUAUCUUAAACUUGCUGAAAAUGCAUGAAUUAGAUUUGAAUACUAUUAUACUCUAAAGGAAACUGUUUCUUCCUUCUCUAAAAAGUAUAUAUAUAUAUAUGUAUCUAAGUGUGUAUGUGUAUAUUUACUUAUUAUAUGUAUAUACACAUGUACAUAUAUAUAUGUACUU